UACGUGAAGGUUCUUUUAAUGCUCACCUCCUCUUUAUCUCACCGUGCAGCAUCAAGAAGGACAUUCACCGACAUCACUGAUGUCGAAUCUCUGUUGUCCUUCAAAGCUCAAAUCGACGACCCUUAUGGCAUGCUGGCCACCAACUGGACCACCAACACCUCCUUCUGCAGCUGGGUCGGAGUCUCUUGCGGCAGUCGUCAUCAACGAGUCACUUCCAUCAAACUCCGAGAUUUCCGCCUUCAGGGCAGUGUCUCCCCUCACCUUGGCAACCUCUCUUUCCUCUCAGAGCUCGACCUUGCAAACUGCAGCCUUAGAGGCCCCAUCCCUCCGUCCCUUGCUCGGUUACCGCGUCUGAAGAGGCUCAUUCUCCAAGAUAACUUCCUAUCUGGUCCCAUUCCUACCAGUAUAUUCAACAUGUCUUCACUGGUCUUGUUAUCUCUUGUUUAUAACAAUCUCACGGGCACUCUGCCAUCGAACAACAGCUUCGUCGUGCUCCCUCGCCUUGAAUUUCUCUCUCUCUCAGCUAAUCAGUUGACAGGUGAGAUUCCAUCUGCAUUUGCUGAAUCCAGGAGCCUUGAAACUUUCUCCUUGUCAUACAAUGGGUUUACAGGCACCAUACCUGCUGAGUUUGGCCACCUGUCAAAUCUCAACGUGUUAUUUCUUGGAAAAAAUCAGUUGACUGGAAGAAUCCCAAAUUCUCUAGGGAAUCUUACGAAGCUUACCAUUCUUGAACUAAGCUUUAACGGGUUCGAAGGGGAAAUUCCUAAGGAUUUGGGAAAUCUAGUCAAUCUCGAAGAGAUCAGUCUCUCGCUUAAUCAGUUAACGGGUGAGAUCCCUUCAAGCCUUGCUCAAUGCAAGGGCCUUCAAAUUCUUUCUUUGACAUCCAAUCAGUUGAUUGGAGCCAUACCUGACAAGCUUGGCAACCUUUCAGAGCUUAGACAAUUGUAUCUUGGGAAUAAUAGUCUAACCGGAACAAUACCAUCAUCCUUUGGAAACCUCACAAAUGCGAUAACAAUCGAGCUAGCCUUCAAUAAAAUCAAAGGAGUAAUUCCCGGGGAGCUUGGGUAUCUACCAAAUAUUGAAAAUCUAAGUCUUGGUCCUAAUAGGUUGAGUGGUACUUUACCGAACUCCCUUAUGAACGCUUCCACCCUUACUUUUCUCCAAGUUACUUCUAGCAAUUUAACGGGAGAGAUUCCUGUUACAAUUGGGAAGUCCCUGCCAUUGCUCACCAGAUUAUUCAUCAAUCAAAACCAAUUCACUGGAGGACUUGACUUCAUCACAUCGCUUUCAAAUUGUAGGAAUCUAGUGUAUCUUGACAUUUCACGAAAUGCGUUUGAAGGCGUGGUUCCGAAUUCUAUCGGAAAUCUUUCUGUUGAUCUUAUUUAUUUUUCUGCGGCUCUAAACAACAUAGGAGGAGAAAUUCCUGCAACACUAUGCAACUUGAGCAGCCUUCUUCUUCUGGAUCUUAGUACGAACGAGCUAGUCGCAACAAUACCUCAGGAUAUUGCAAAGCUAGACAAGCUUCAGCUUUUGUACCUUGGUGGCAACAAAAUCAGUGGACUGCUGCCAUCAAGUCUCAAUUCAAUGAGAGGCUUAGGCGCACUGUACCUUGAUGAGAACAAACUCAUUGGACCUAUACCGGAUUCAAUAGGUAACAUCACCCAGCUACAGCACUUGUCACUAUCUUCCAACCAGUUAUCAUCAACCAUUCCCAUGAGCUUGUGGAACAUAAGGAAUCUAAUCGAACUAAAUCUUUCGCGGAAUAGCCUUCAUGGACUACUUCCUCCACAAGUAGGAAACUUGAAGGCCCUCGAUGUUUUGGAUCUAUCAGUGAAUAAGUUGUCAGGUAACAUAUCCAAUGCCCUUGGUCAGCUUGUGAUGCUUACACGUCUUGAUCUUUCUGGCAACUCAUUUCAAGGUGAAAUUCCACAAUCUCUCGGUUCCCUAAUAAAUGUCAAAUAUCUUAAUCUAUCUCACAAUUUUCUAUCGGGCUCCAUAUACAAGUCAAUAGGUGACCUUCCUCUUCUUGGUAAUCUAGACCUUUCAUUCAACAAAUUGGAAGGACAAAUUCCAAAAGGCCGAGUUUUCGCGAACCACAGCAUUCCAUCUUUGGAGGGGAACAUAGCACUUUGUGGUGCGCCUCAACUAGACUUCCCUCCUUGUAAUACAAAUGUUGAAACUUCAAGUUCAAGGAGAAAACUGCAUAUUCUUAAAUAUAUCCUUCCAGUUGUUGCUCUCAUUGUGAUUGUUCCUGCUAGCUUGUGUCUUGUGCUAGUGCUCUGUCGUAGGAGGAUGGUGAAAGAAAACGUAGCGCACACUGAGUUUCAAGGUUUAGAUGAUCAUAGACUGGUUUCUUAUCACGAGCUUGUUCAUGCAACAGACAAUUUCAACCAAGCCAAUCUAGUUGGAAAGGGGAGCUUUGGCUCAGUUUACAGAGGAUGUCUUGAUGAUGGAUUGAUUAUAGCAGUGAAAGUCUUGAACUUGGAUGUCAAAGGAGCUUCAAACUCUUUCGAAUCAGAAUGUAAAGCUUUGAGCACGAUCCGACACAGGAAUCUUAUCAAAAUCAUCAGUAUAUGUUCAAAACCGAACUUCAAAGCUCUCAUCCUUCAAUUCAUGCCCAAAGGGAACCUUGAUCAAUGGUUGUAUUCUGAUGCCCAUCUCGGUUUACUUCAAAGGCUAAACAUAGUGGUGGACGUAUCAUUGGCACUUGAAUAUCUUCAUCAUCGCCAUCCUCAUACUGUUCUCCAUUGCGAUUUGAAGCCAAGCAAUGUUUUGUUGGAUGAAGAAAUGACGGCACAUGUGAGUGACUUUGGCAUUGCGAAAUUGCUGUUUGGUGAUAAGUCUAUAGUAUCAGCCAGCACACCAGGCACCAUGGGUUACAUCGCUCCAGAAUAUGGCUCCACGGGAACCGUCUCAAAGUUUGGCGAUGUCUACAGUUUUGGAAUCCUUCUGUUGGAAAUGAUCACGAGAAAGAAGCCAACUGAUGCGAUGUUCAGUGGAGAAUCAAGUAUGAGAGCGUGGAUACUCGAAGCAUAUUCAGCUUCUUUGUUGAAUGUUGUGGAUCACGAUCUUUUAGAAGAGGGUCCCAAUGCUGCGCAUAAAGCAGAAGGUUUAUCUGCCACAAACCAGUGCCUGUCAUCUAUUAUCGAGUUGGGUUUGAUAUGUUCAAGCGCAUCACCCAUGGAAAGACUUCCAAUGACACUUGUGGCUCCCAGGCUGCAGAAGAUAAGAAAGGAAUACAUGUCCCAGCUCCCGGUUCCUGAGACGUCAACUGCCUUAGCUUGUGAAGCUUAGGUUACGCUUUGGUUGAUAGUAUGUUCCUUUUCCUGUUGUUAUCAUCUACUGUUUACUUAAUUAAUCAUCGUCUUGUGAAUACUUAUAUCUAAUGAUACCGAUUAUAGGAAUAUCUCGGACUCAAGAAUUUAUAGAA